CCUGGUGGGAUCGUGGUGACUGGCCAGCUCCGGGGGCUCGCAGAGGGCUCCCUGGUGUCGCUGUGAUUCCCGACGGAGACCUGCUCAGCUCUGUGCUCUCGGAGCGCGUCCCGCUGCAGCAAUGGUAGCAAGACCUCCAUGCAUCACCUGGRCGGACGUCCCCCGCUCGUGAUCGUGUCCUGCAUCUUCUUUGGAGCUACAACCAGCGGGACCCAACUCUGCUCGUUUCCAACAUGCUGCCCUGGUCCCCUCGGAGCUAGCGAAGGCUGCCGGGAAGCAGCACCUAGGUGCGGGGCGAGUGCGAUCCUCGUCCCGGUGCCCGCGUGUGUCCCCGCRCUGCGCUGCCCGCGAGCAGCGCCCUGUGACCAGCGCCUGAUGUGCCCGCUGCAAAGAGCCUCCUUCCCUGAGCUCACGCGUCGCCUUUCGAGAAGAAAGAUGUUGGACCUGGAAAGCCGCCGGAGGUUGCAGCGUGUCCUUCUCCUCGACGUUGCUGCUCGGCGCUCUCCUUCCACGGAGCGAGAGGGAACUAGGCGAGCUCUGCGCUGACUUUGGGAAGGUUUGGUCCACGAUGGGAGGUCUAAAGAUUUCCUGGCUCUGGUUUUGUGAAGCUGGGCAUCUGCCUUGGACCUGCCCUUUGGCAAAGGGGUCAUCGCUGAGGCACGGUUAAGAGCUGGGAGAACUGGUCCCAGACCAUGAGCGCUCUAAGUGGCGCUGGAAUAUUGGUCAGCUUAACGACAGUGUCCGUUACGCUGGAUUUUAGCUUGCAUGGUGGUCUCAUGGCUUGGUCCUUAAGCAGCAAUUUGACUCUGAAUCAGAGUUUGCCAACGUCUGAUCCUCUUAACGCCUCCGACAAGGGGGAUGUCUCUCGGAUGUCAGUGAGGGAGAAGAACUGGCCAGCCCUCUUGAUCCUGGUUAUCAUCCUGCUCACCAUCGGGGGCAACAUACUGGUAAUUAUGGCCGUGUCCUUGGAGAAGAAGUUGCAGAACGCCACAAACUUCUUCCUGAUGUCUUUGGCGGUGGCAGACAUGCUGGUGGGUAUCCUGGUCAUGCCCGUGUCCCUCAUUGCAGUCCUGUACGAUUAUGCUUGGCCUUUGCCUAAACAGUUGUGCCCUAUAUGGAUUUCCCUAGAUGUGCUCUUUUCAACUGCAUCUAUAAUGCAUCUCUGUGCCAUCUCUCUUGAUCGGUAUGUAGCAAUACGCAAUCCCAUUGAGCACAGCCGCUUCAAUUCCCGCACCAAGGCUAUUAUGAAAAUUGCUGCAGUUUGGACCAUAUCCAUAGGGAUCUCCAUGCCCAUUCCGGUCAUCGGUCUGCAGGACGACUCCAGGGUGUUUGUGAACGGGACGUGCGUCCUCAACGACGAGAACUUCGUGCUCGUCGGCUCCUUUGUGGCGUUCUUCAUCCCCCUCAUCAUCAUGGUGAUCACGUAUUGCCUCACGGUGCAGGUGCUGCAGCGCCAGGCCACGGUGUUCAUGUGCGGCGAGGUGCCCAAGCAGCGCCGGAGCAGCGUGAACUGCCUCAAGAAAGAAAACAACGCCGAGAACAUUUCCAUGCUUCACAAUCACGAGGGGGCAUCGCACUUGAACUCUCCGGUAAACAAGGAAGCGGUGCUUUUCCGCAAGGGAACUAUGCAGUCCAUCAACAACGAGCGGAGAGCCUCCAAGGUCUUGGGCAUCGUCUUCUUUUUGUUCCUCAUCAUGUGGUGCCCGUUCUUCAUCACCAACAUCAUGUCCGUCCUUUGCAAGGAGGCAUGUGACAAAGGGCUCCUGAGCGAACUCCUGGACGUGUUCGUUUGGGUCGGGUACGUUUGCUCUGGGAUCAAUCCCCUUGUAUACACACUCUUCAAUAAAACCUAUCGCAGGGCUUUUUCCAAUUAUAUCCGCUGCCAAUACAAGACCGGUAAAAAAUCGGCGGUGCGACAGAAUCAGUGUCUGAAUGUUGCUUCCACAGCGUUAUAUGGGAAAGAUCUGACUUUAACGAGUUACCGAAACGGCAACGAACUCAACAGCAUGGAACUAGACGAAGUUGAGGGUCUACAAAUGCAACCGGGGACUUCAGAGCUCUCCAUAAACAGCUGUAACGUUGUAAGCGAGAGAGUGAGCUGUGUAUAAAGAGGGCUCAUUUCAAAGUCUUUUGCUACGGUGUGCCUGUAGCCCAAAUAUAUUGUGUAAAAAUGUAAGAGUUGGUCAAAGGACUAUGUAAAUACUGCAUUCUGAACAAAACUUUUUUUUUAAAAGAAAAAAAGAGGUGUCUUUCCAGUCCAGUACUUAAAAAUCAUAUAUAUUAAUAUACUGCAGUGAAGUUUAAGGGUCUAUAUUUACUGUUAAUACUAGAUCAGAAAUAUUAGUUACUUUGCAUAUGUCAUGGACAAACUGUUUGAAUUCUUCUUCCAAUGCAUGAACAAAAGAUGCUGAAUAUUUAUCUCAGGUGGCAUUUGCUGGAGUCCAGAAUGGCGCGUUAAUAGUUAUAUAUCAAAUACAUGCUACUAGACUUGGUCAAUAUAACUUUUU